AUGACAAGAGACAUCCAUAAUGGUAUACACAUUGAUUGCGCCAUCAAUGAUAUUCGUGUAAGUGUUCAAAAUGAAGGAAAUGAAGAACAUAAUCGAACAAAGAUCGCUUGGUCAGUGCUAGGUUUCUUGCAAGGUCUGAACACAAAUCUCCUUGAAAUUUUGGGAAUCAAACGCCUACGAGAAAUGAAAUUGGCCCAUAUUGAAGCCCUUGAACUCCUAGAUAAUAUGUGUGAAGUGACAAAACAUUCAGAUGGCAAUGACUUUCUCAUUCCAGCAGUUUUCCGAGCUACCGAGCUAGGAAUGUUUGAGUUUAUUGACCGUGUAUUGCAAGCAAGACCAAAUCUCGUGUGGGCGUGUAAUCCAAUGAGAAGGAACCUCUUUCAUAAAAGACAAAGAACUACGAUUGGAAAUAUUGCAGAUCGGGAUAACAAUUGCGCGUUACAUGUGGCAGGGACGCUUUCACCAUUAGCAAGGCUCGAUAAUAUCUCAGGUGCAGCUUUGAAAAUGCAGAGAGAACUACAAUGGUUCAAGGAGGAUCGAGCGCAUUUUCUAGUCGAAAACCUAUGGAAACAAAAAAUGUAG